GAGGCCUGCAUUGAGAUCUGAAUCCGGGACCUCGAGUGAGGAGUAGAGCCGAUCAAACAGUCUUAGAGAUGAGUAAAAGAAAGGCCCCCCAGGAGUCCCCGAAUGAAGGGAUAACGGACUUUCUCACAGAGCUGGCCAAUUACGAGCGCAAUGUGAACAGAGCCAUCCAUAAGUACAACGCGUACCGAAAAGCUGCGUCUGUGAUUUCUAAGUACCCCACAAAAAUCAAGAGUGGGACAGAAGCAAAAAAGCUGGAUGGCGUCGGAGCCAAGAUAGCCGAGAAGAUCGAUGAGUUUCUGGCCACCGGAAAACUGCGCAAGCUUGAAAAGAUUCGACAAGAUGAUACAAGCUCGUCAAUUAAUUUCUUAACGAGGGUCAGCGGUAUCGGGCCGGCUGCUGCUCGGAAACUGGUGGAAGAAGGAAUUAAGAGUUUAGAAGAUCUCCGGAAUAACCAACACAAGUUGAAUCAUCAUCAGAAGAUUGGAUUGAAAUAUUUUGAAGAUUUUGAGAUGCGCAUCCCCCGCAGCGAGUUGCUCCAGAUGCAGGAUAUUGUGCUAAAAAAUGUGAAUGAAUUGGAUCCCGAGUACAUCGGCACAGUGUGUGGAAGCUUCAGGCGAGGUGCGGAGUCCAGUGGGGAUAUGGAUAUCCUGCUGACGCAUCCGGAUUUCACGUCAGAGUCUGCCAAACAGCCGCACCUGUUGCACCAGGUAGUUCAGUCCUUGGAGGAUUGUGGAUUCAUUACAGACACGCUGGUGAAAGGAGACACCAAAUUCAUGGGUGUUUGCCAGCUCCCAGCUGAAGAAGACAAAGUGUAUCCCUUCCGCAGAAUUGAUAUCAGGCUGAUUCCGAAGGACCAGUAUUACUGCGGCGUGCUGUAUUUCACUGGUAGUGAUAUCUUUAAUAAGAACAUGCGCACCCACGCUCUGGAGAAAGGCUUCACCUUGAAUGAGUACACACUGCGUCCUCUAGGAGUCACAGGAAUAGCUGGGGAACCCCUCUUGAUAGAAAGCGAGAAAGACAUCUUUGAUUACAUUCAAUACAAGUACCGGGAGCCAAAGGAACGCAGCGAGUGACCCUUAGGCCUUUGCACCGGUUCAAUUGACUUAGCUGUUUCAUGUCUUACCAUAGCCAGCCCAUCAGUAAAGGCAAACUCCGGUUAUUUUACUGAUCUUUGAUGGGGCCCUAAAACGGGGAGGAAUAUUGUGUAUUACCGUGUGCGUGUUUGUGAUUAGCUGUAACUUUGGUGGGAUGUAUGUUAUUAUGUGAUGAUGAAAGAGCGUCCUGUUUCUUUUCAAGGAGAUUUUACGUCAAUCAUGGUUAUUUUACCUGAAAAACAAUCACAGUACCAAGAAACCCCCCCCCAAAACGUAGGAAUUCAUACCUAUAAGACACCCUGUGAAUAUUGUAUUUAUUACGAAGGCAUCUCAUUUUUGGGCAGCUCCUUUUGCUUUUAUUUAAAAAAACAAAACAAAAAAAAAAACAUUUGUUUACGUACAUUACAGUAUUUUAAGUGAAUUUUAAUUUUUUUAAUCGUUAAAUAAGGGCCGGUUACUAAACAGUUCAGUGCAUAGAUUUACUAGACUCAAGGAUUUCUGAGACGGCUUCUAGGUCCAGCACAUUGAGAAAGAGUUAACUCUUUGUGUUAAGCUUUUGUUUGGGGUGCGUUAAGUGGAAAUUGUCACAAUUGAAACAUACUGUAAUGGUAAGAGAUGUAUAAUUAUUUAAUGGCCUUGCUACGUACGGCGGUGUGGCCCUUCAGGCAGCAGCAGUUGGCAUAAGCGGCCGCUACUGGUACUACUGCAUCAUAUACACUACGGCGCCAGAGACUCGCCAGAAAAAGUUCAUUUAAGGUAGCGAUAAUUUCUUUUUUUUGCCAUUUUAGGUUAUAGGGUGUGAAUGGUUACUGUAGUAUUGCCUGUGACUGUUACAAAAAUAUAAUUAUGUAUUUAAAAAAAGACAAAA